AUGGCUUCAGGAGCUUUGUUCCCUAGUAUGGUGUCUGGCUCCCGAGGUUCCUCCAGUAAGUACCUGGUGGAGUUUCGGGCUGGCAAGAUGACUAUGAAAGGCAGCACGGUGACGCCCGACAAGCGUAAAGGUCAAGUCUACAUCCAGCAGACGGACGACUCCCUCAUCCAUUUCUGUUGGAAGGAUCGCACAACUGGAAAUGUGGACGAUGACCUGAUAAUCUUCCCUGAUGACUGCGAGUUCAAACGGGUCAGCCAGUGCACAACCGGCCGUGUCUACGUCCUCAAAUUCAAAGCCGGCUCCAAGAGGCUUUUUUUCUGGAUGCAGGAGGCCAAGACCGAUAAGGAUGAGGAGUAUUGUCGCAAAGUUAACGAGUAUCUGAACAACCCGCCCAUGCCUGGCGCUCUUGGGAGUGGCAGCAGUGGAGGACAUGAUUUGUCUGCUCUAGGAGGUGAGGGUGGCCUCCAGAGCCUUCUGGGUAACAUGAGCCACAACCAGCUCAUGCAGCUGAUCGGGCCAGCUGGACUCGGUGGUAUCGGCGGUUUGGGCGCACUCGCCGGUCCGGGCUUAGCCAACCUCUUGGGGAGCAGCAGCAGCAGUAGCAGCAGCAGCGUUCCUGCUGCCAGUAGCUCGUCCACGAGCCCGUCUACUGUGGUCACGCCCACCUCGACUUCUUCCGCCAGUCGCCUCGGUGCAUCCCAGGCGUCCGCCGCGCCCGUCAAUACGUCCACCACCUCGGCGGCUUCCCCGCCUGCCAGCACUCCGCCCACUCCCACGCCAGCAGCGGUGGGAGCCGCGGCAAGCACCCCGACGCAGCCCAUCCAGCUGAGAGACCUGCAGAGUAUCCUGGCAACCAUGAACGUGCCCGCUAGCGGCACAGGAGGCCAAACAGUGGAUCUGGCCAGCGCCCUGACACCGGAGGUGAUGGCACCCAUCCUGGCCAAUCCAGACGUGCAGCAGAGGCUGAUGCCUUUCCUGCCCAGCGGGGAGUCCCUGCUGCAGAGCACCGACGAGCUCCAGAACACGCUCAGCUCACCACAGUUCCAGCAGGCUAUGAGCAUGUUCAGCAGCGCUCUAGCGUCAGGGCAGCUGGGACCACUCAUGAACCAGUUCGGCUUGCCUACGGAGGCAGUGGAUGCUGCAAACAAUGGAGACCUGGAGGCUUUCGCAAAGGCAAUGGAGACGGACACAAAGUCUGAUCAGGACGGCGACUCCAAAGACAAAAAGGAUGAUGAUGAGGACAUGAGCUUGGACUAA